CAUUUAUAAUGAAUCUUGAGAGUUUGAAGUCACACUGAUCAGUAAGUAACAAAAAUUUUGAUGAUUUUUUAUAAUGCCUCUUAAAACUCCUUAGCAUUUCAAUAUUAUUAACUGUCCUGGUCAUUUAUAUUUGAAAAUCAUGUUAAAUUCAAUUAACCACUAUGGUUGAAUAUUCUGCAUACCAAGUCAAAGAAUAAAACAAAACCAAUACUGCGUGAUAAGAACCCAACCCAACCAACUCUUAAAACACUGAAAACAAUUGAAGUGCAACUCAUUUGUUGUUUUCACUAGAGACUUAAUCAUGAAGCUUCACUACCUCUACAUUCUCCUCACAGUCCUGUUUUUCCUAUGUAUGUUUCCUCAGUCACUCAAUUGCCAACAAGUAUACCUUAAUAACUCUGUCUUUGAUUGCUCUAACAACCCUUCUGUACCAAAAGGUUACCUCUGCAAUGGCCUUAAAAAAUCAUGCACUUCCUUUUUGAGUUUUAAGUCAAAACCUCCCUAUGAUAACCCUAUAAGCAUCUCCUACCUUAUUGGUUCUGAAGCAUCAACCAUAGCCUCAAUCAACAAGAUAUCAAUAAAUGAGAAGAUUCCUUUUAAUAAAACAAUCAUUGUCCCAGUUUUCUGUUCUUGUGCUGGAAACAUAUACCAGCAUAGCACAUCUUACACUGUUAAGAAGAAUGACACUUACUUUGAGUUGGUAAAAGAAACUUACCAAGGCCUCACAACCUGUCAAGCAUUGAUGGGUCAGAAUUAUUAUGCUCCUAUCAAUAUUGCAGUUGGUGCUGAACUCACAGUUCCAGUACUAUGUGCUUGUCCAACAGCAAAUCUAACAGCAAGAGGGGUUACUUCUUUGCUGGUUCACAUGGUGAACUAUGGUGACACGGUUAAGUCCAUAGGAGAGGCGUAUGGUGCUGAUGAACAAAGCAUGCAAGAGGCCAAUGAGUUGCCAGUGCCAACAAGAUCAAACAGCAGUGUGAUACUCUUUGCAUUCACGCCUAUAUUAGUUCCUUUGAGAGGCAAGAGUUGCAAAGAGAACCCAAAUCAAUUCUACUGUAAAUGUUCCCAGGAACUGCAUAGCUCCAGGAGUCUUUUCUGUGAUGAUUCUCGUGGUCAAAAAGUCCCUGCAAAAUUGGUUGCUGCCUCAGGUAUUGGCAUUGGCACAGGCUUUCUAUGUUUGUUUCUUUUGGGUUACAAAUUAUAUCAAUGCAUAAGGAAAAAGAGAGAGAGAAUCUGUAAGGAAAAGCUGUUCAGGCAAAACGGUGGCUACAUGUUACAAGAGAAAUUAUCAUCUUGCGGAAAUGGAGAAAUGGCAAAACUUUUUACAGCAGAGGAGAUGCAAAGAGCAACAGAUAACUAUAAUAGAAGUAGGUUUCUUGGUCAGGGUGGCUAUGGCAUGGUGUAUAAAGGAAUGUUACCAGAUGGAACAAUAGUUGCAGUGAAAAAGUCAAAAGAGCUUGAAAAGAACCAGAUAGAGACUUUUGUCAAUGAAGUUGUCAUCUUAUCUCAGAUCAACCACAGAAACAUUGUCAAACUGUUAGGCUGUUGUCUUGAGACAGAAACUCCAUUACUUGUCUAUGAAUAUAUUCUGAACGGAACUCUUUCCCAACAUAUCCAUAGGAAAGACCAUGAAUCAUCACUUCCAUGGGAAAGUCGGCUUAGAAUUGCAUGUGAAGUUGCUGGAGCAAUGGCAUAUAUGCAUUUUUCAGCUUCUAUUCCAAUCUUCCACAGAGACAUCAAACCGACCAACAUACUCCUAGACAGUAACUAUAGUGCCAAAGUGUCUGAUUUUGGGACAUCAAGAUCAAUACCACUAGAUAAGACUCAUCUAACCACAUUUGUAGGUGGAACUUUUGGGUACAUAGACCCUGAAUAUUUUCAAUCCAGUCAAUUUACAGAUAAGAGUGAUGUAUAUAGUUUUGGAGUUGUCCUUGUAGAGGUCAUAACCGGUAGAAAGCCGAUGUCAUUCUAUGAUGAAGAUGAGGGUCAGAAUUUGGUUUCACAUUUCAUUUCUCUGAUGAAGGAGAAUCAACUUUCUCAAAUUUUAGAUGCAAGAGUGCAUAAGGAGGCAGGAAAAUAUGUGAUUCUUACUAUCUCAAAUCUUGCAAUGAGAUGCUUGAGGCUUAAUGGUAAGAAGAGACCAACAAUGAAAGAGGUUUCAGCAGAACUAGAAGCACUAAGAAAGGCACAAAGUUGCUUUCAAAUAAACCAUGAUCAUGAUGAAUCACUAAGUGAUGGACAGUCAUUUGAGAACACAACUAUUGACACAGUUAGUGAAUCCAGAGAGGAUAGCAUUUCACUAUCUUUACAAAGAGAAUCCACAUCCUUCUGAAACGCCGGAUUAAUACUGCUUCAUGAUUUAUUAUGUUUUGUAUCUAUCCUAAACAUGGCCUAGGAUAGGAUAAAUGACUCACCUUAUUUAGCUCCACAAGCAUACUUAGCAGAAAAUUUGUAUCAGCAAGUUGUCUCUUCCCUCAUCCUGUACAUACUCUAACCAAAGUGUGCAUUAAAUUUCAUUUUUGUCUUAGUCAAAUCGGAUAAUUAUUAAUCA